AUGGCCGCCACAUACUCUCUAGAGGACGUCUCCCGCUUUGCCUCCCUUGUGCACUACGCACUGCUGAAGAACCCUGACCCUCGGUGCCCCAAUCAAGGUGCAUGGCUGCCCUGGUUUCACUUCACGAUUGGCGAAAUACGCCGAGCGCGGUGCCAGGGGCUGCCCUUCAAAACCCUGCCGAAGCUCACCCUCGCCGCAUAUUACGAAUACGACAAAGUCAACCUCGACGAAACGUACCAGCCAUCGGUCUGGCGUAUCAAACCCCACGAUAGCAACAGGCAGGCGGCGGCAUAUCACGGGUUUAAUGUGGGGCUGGAGGUAAACGACAGCGGCGACGUCCCCCUGCUCCUAUGGAGCGAACUGAAGGACACUGUGUGGGUCGACAUUAUAACGCCGCUGGGCCCCUCUACACCCAUGCCAAUGCACAACCUGGCGCCCGGCAUUGGGGGGUCGACGGCUGAUGCUGGAAGAGCAGAUGAACCACCGCCCGCAGGCAUCGAUCCUAGCGACCCAACCCCCAAGAAACCUCAAAAGGCGAAGAAGCGCAAGGCUGAAGGGCUUCCCCCUGAAGGUGUGCCUAACGUGAAAGGCCCUCUUCAGGAAGAACCUCGUGGCGAGGCAGCGUCUGCGACCAACCAGCGGCAAACACGCUCGAAGGCGAAUGCCGCUUCGAAGGCGAACGCCGCCUCUAAGCCAAGCACCAGCAAAGCCUCGAAGAACACGGCUGCCGGAAAAUACAAAUCACGUGGCAAGGCGGGGGCCGAUGUGCCACCCGAGCCACAUUUCCCGCCCUUCCCUGGCGCCCCCGACUUCUUCCCGAUCGCAGAAGCGCCUGGUCCAACCAAAGACGACCCCGUCGACUGGCGAUGCAGAGGCUGCCGAAAAGCCAACAUCCGGUGCUUGUUUGCGCCUUUGCAGAACGACACCUGUGAGAACUGCAGAGCAGGUGCGACGGGAUGUGGCCUCAGGCUUUCGCCCGGCAUCUCCCGAGGGUUUGUCGCUGCGUAUUGUGCCUACCGGGCAGGGGUGCAGUGGGCAAAUCCCCACAUCUACCCCAACCCCACUCCGGUCUCCGAACUCUGGGCACAAAUUGGGGGGAUCGGAGACGUUCCAACAUGGUUUGUGAAAUGGUGCCGCGCGCGUGUCACAGGCCGCGAUGCCAAGGACGUUUUGGCUGAGCACAACGCGGCCUUAGCGAACCUGGCGGCUGCCUCACUCCGCCGAGAUGACAUGGGGCCGGUGGAGGACUUGGGCGAGGCUGCGUACAAGCAGCCAGGUUAUCCGUUUGACCCACGCCUUGGCCCUGAGGAGGAAUUUGUGGAUGGCGACGGCGGCUCCAAGGAUCGCGACACCGGGGAUGAUGGGGGCGCUGAUGCCGACGCCGAUAAUGACACCGACGCUGACGAUAGCGGCAGUGGCAGCAAAGGCGAGUGGGAGGGUGUUCUUGGUGGAGGACCCCUUCCAUCAGGCGCAGGGUUGCCGCCACCGCCGAAGAGGCACCGUGGGGCCCCGCUGCCAGCUCAGGGUGGGCCGCCGCCUCACACAGUGGCAUUGCACAACCAGCCACCGCCGCCACCUGGACGCGACUUCCGUGACGUGCCGUUAGCCUACAUCCUCCCUGAAGAUGCGCUAGAAGCGGUCCGUCCUCUGUUCGACAGCGCGCGCGCCCCGACUGGUGCAUGGCAGCUCUCAGCAAUGCAAGGGCUGGAGAUUGAGGUCGCGAGGUCGCGGCUGCAGCUUGACGGCUUGGUCCAAGCAGCGCUUCAUCGAGCCGGUGCCUCUAUAUAUGGCCCCAAUCCCCUGCAUGCGCACUUUGUGGGGUCACAAGGGGAAAGCGACGCUGGUGCCCCGCUUUGGGAGCAGGGCGGUUCCUACUCGGCAGGCAGCCCGGAGGCCAUGCAGGCACCGUGGCAGCGGCAGGGGCGAUGGGAGGCGCCAAGCUACGAGGCCCCGCCGCUGCGCAGCUUGCUCACAGCAUUCCUUGGCUCCAACAUCAGCGCCUACUGUUUCGCGAUCGGCCUCGGCGUUGUCCGCGCGUGGGCACACCAGCUCCUAUCGCCCAUCGCCAGCCUCGACUAG